AGAACAACUUCUAGUUCUAGUACUUCUGAAGAGGUAGUAGUAGAAGUACCAUUUUUACGAGAAAGCGGAGAACUGCGAGAACAGCUGGCACAGUUGGGAAGAGAAAACAAGUGGAAGAUGAGCAGUCCUAUCGACUCAAGCAGUCCAGAGGAUGCUUGUUCUGUUGAGAAUCGUCAGUCUUCGGAGGAUGUGGACGAUGCUGAGGAUUGCAAUAAUCGCUCAGAGAGAGACCGGGAGGACGAUGUUGCCGAGGAUGUUCUGAUGCCUGCAGAUAAAGAUGUGAUUGGAGCAGAAUUCUAUAAGAAUAAGGAUAAGGGCUACAAUGAGGAGAGAGACCGGGAGGACUUUUACUCACAGAGCAAGAGAAGCUCAGCAGGGUUACAACAGCAUGGCAUCGCGAAGAAAAAUGAUAGUACUUACACCCUUCGUCAUCCUCUCGGCACAGAAGACGAAGAUGUUGAUGAGAUUGAGAAGUAUUUUCGUCAACAUCAAGCGGGCAUUGAUACAGAAGAUCAUGUUAAGGGUUUCCGAAUUACAUCCCUCACUACCAUCCUUGGCUCCUUUUCCAGGGGCAAAUAUGUCAAGGAUGUUCUGCAGAAUGCAACUCGGCAACCUCUAAUCAUGACUUAGAAGGCGCUAUACCUUUCGACGAUGAUGAUUUGUUGCGUCAUGAAUAUCGGCCAUCUUCUUCCUC